AUUAAUGUGUGUAUAGAUGUACAUAUAAAUCGUGUACAAUUGCUGAUUUAACCAGUCGAUAGUUUGUUGUCCGUUCCCGGAACCGGUCGUUGUUGUUAAUUGUUGAUUGUCGAUUGUUAACACCAGAAUGCGAAACGAGUAAAACCAGUGCUGUGGUCAAAGAUGUACCGAUUGUUGUGCGUUUACGCCGUCGCGACAUUGACAUUGGCAGCCACCGUGCCGGACAAUCCUUGUCCGCACGUUUUCCAAUACCAGAACGUCAACAACCAUGUGUCCGGACUAAUCCGGGUGCCGUACGAUGGCAAAACCAAGACUCUGGUCUUAACGGCCAACGCCUCACUUGAGGGAAUCUAUAAUAAUGCGAAACUGGAGUUGAAGCUGAUCACCCCCCAAAACAACAUUUUGGGCAGCAAAUCGCUGAUGUACGUGGUGACGUUCCCCUUCCAACACACUCUGCCCAAAAUGACCCAGAUCGUCUUCAACAACGUAGUACUUUGUCAAGGACCACCUUUUCCACUUCUGCCUGGCAGAGGCGUGACCAACAUUUGGGCUGCGUAUCAGUACAAAAUUACAAUAUACACAUUCCCCAUUACACCGACCAACCAAGCUGUGGAUGAAAGUGUGGGAAAUGGCUUCCGGCCUUCGGUCACCAAUCCGUUCCUCACUAACCUUCCCAAACCCGAAGUUGUACCUGUUAACAUACCACAAUCAACCACAACGACAACAACUUCAACCACCACCACAACAACAACAACAGUGGCACCGCAAAGUGUGGACGACGAAACAAACAAUGUGUCCGACAAUACCGUUUGUGGUUUGGAGAAUUCUGUUCAACAACUGAUAAUAGGCGGCGAAAGCACGAGUCCCGACCAAUAUCCUUGGGUCGUGGCCAUGAUGGUCGCCGCCUCCAAGCUGAGGUACCAGUACAAAUGCACGGGAAGUCUGAUCUCCGAUCGCCACGUUAUUACCGCCGCACAAUGCGUCCAGUAUUACAGCGUGAGGGUCGUGGAGCCCGACGACAUCCUGUUGAUCAUGGGCACGUCGAAUUUGAGCAGAUGGGCGACGUCCGACGCCGUCAAGAGGUCGGCCGUUAAAAUCACCACCCACCCCGAAUACACUCAGUACUCAGGACAUGGAGAUCUGUGUGUGAUAGAGUUUGCACCACCGGUCAAGUUCACCAACAAGCUACGUCCCAUUUGCCUCUGGAGCCAGAACAACGACCUGGAACCCUACGUGGGGCAACGGGGGAGGGUCUGUGGCUGGGGCAAGACCACCAAAGAUGCCGAAGGCGACAUGAUGGGCUCCUACCACACCGUCACCUUGCCCAUGGUGUCCCAGGAGGAGUGCCUCAGAUCCAACUACGCCUUCCAAAACAUAACGUCGGAGAAAACGUUCUGUGCAGGCGAGAAAAACGAGUCCGGACCGUGCAUCGGUGACGGCGGAGCCGGUUUCAUGCUCAAAUCGAAGUCGGACAACCUUUGGUACUUGAGGGGGUUGGUCUCGAAGACGUUCAAGCAGGGGGACACCUGCAACUUGAACGAGUACGUCGUGUUUUGCGAUGUGGCCAAGUACUCUGAUUGGGUAAAAGAUAUUAUUAGUUCUAAAUGAGGGUCUAUUUAUUUUUUAUAAUUAUAGGUAAGUCUUUUGUAUUAAUAAAUUAAUUGUUUUUAUAA